GAUUAUUGCCGAUGAACUUUCCCGGCUAUAAACCGAUGAACAAAGAGUAUUGUCACGAAAUUUGAGGUUAUCACCUUGCAUAAAAUUGUUUUCAUAAAAUCGAAAUUGUUUUGCUGUACAACCCGUCUUGGCGCUAUAACAAUUAGAAAAUUUAUUACAGAAAUGCUCCGCAACAUUAAGUUCACAUCGAAUAUUUUGCGUAACGCCUGCCAGCAGCUGCGAUAUUAUGCCGACCAACCAGCUCGCGUUGAAAAAACUGUCAAUAACGUAACACUUCUCGGGCGUGUUGGAAAUGAACCACAAAAGCGCGGCAACGAGGAGCAUCCUGUUGUCACAUUUUCGGUCGCUACCCACCACAAUUACAAAUACGAAAAUGGUGAUUGGGCACAGCGUACCGACUGGCAUCGAAUUGUUGUAUUCAAGCCAACGUUGAGAGAAUCCGUUUUAAGUUACCUCAAGAAAGGACAACGAGCAAUGAUCACCGGUAAAAUAUCUUAUGGUGAAGUUGUCGAUCAGGAUGGAAAGCCCAGACUUAGUACGAGUAUCAUUGCGGACGAGGUGGUGAUGUUUAAUAAUAAUUAACCAAAGUUUCCCUGUAGUAGAGUUAGUUUCAUAAGACUGCAAAAUAUAUUUUUGAUC